UGAGCAGCCCCCGAAAAAGAAAGUCAGACAGAAAGAGAAAGGGAUAGGAAUUGAAGAAAGGACUGACAAUCUUGCAUGUGUAGGAGGUGUUAUGACAGAGUUUCUUCACACUUUUCAGAAGGGGAUAAGAAUUGAUGAAGUUUAUGGUUAUGAGGACAUUGAGCCAAUGUUUGGAGACGAUGAUAUGGAUAGAAAAUCAGCUCAUGUUGACUUGAGCAAAGAGGAUGACAAUAUGUAUGUUGGAAGGACGUUUGAGUCCAGGGAAGAUUUCAGGACUGCAUUGUCAAUAUAUGCUAUAAACCGUGUAUUCCGCUUCAAAUUCACUAGGUAUGAGAAAAAGUACUUGGUAGCUGAAUGCUAUGAUAAAAAAUGCUGUGACUGGCGAGUUGUAGCACACCAAGUUGGACAGAGUGAAGAAUACGAGGUGACGAAGGCCAAGUUGGAACAUAUGUGUAAUGUUGAGACUAGGAGUAGGUUUUCAAAACAUGCAACUUCCAAGGUUGUAGCCGCACUCCUAAGGGCUAAGUAUGCGAAGGCGUUUUGUGGUCCAAGAGCAAGAGACUUACCCGAUUCUCUGCUGAGGGAGCACAAUGUUAGGAUGUCCUAUUGGAAAGGUUGGAAAGCUAAAGAGCUGGCUGUUGAAACAGCUCAGGGCACAGAUGAGAGUUCUUUCACCUUGUUGCCGGUAUAUCUCCAUGUCUUACAACUUGCAAACCCUGGGACAGUUUAUCAUUUGGAAACAGAGUUGGAUGAAACUGGGGAUGAGCGAUUCAAGUAUGUGUUUCUAGUUUUAGGUGCAUGUCUUAAAGGGUUGAAAUAUAUACGGCGAGUCGUUGUAGUAGAUGGCACCCACCUGUUUGGGAAAUAUCUUGGCUGUCUUCUUACAGUUAGUUGCCAGGAUGCGAACUUUCAGAUUUAUCCAGUGGCCUUUGCUAUAGUGGACAGCGAGACAGAUGAAUCAUGGACUUGGUUCAUGAGUAAGCUUUCAGAAAUAAUUAAAGAUGGACCAGACUUGACCUUUGUCUCAGAUCGGAAUUCAUCAAUAAUCAAAUCUGUCGGACUUGUCUACCCUGAAGCACAUCAUGGAGCUUGCUUAGUGCACAUAAGAAGGAAUGUUAAAGGAAAGUAUGGAAGGAAGAGUGGGCUUCCAGCCCUAGUAUGGAAAGCAGGUAACAAGUUUCGUCUCAAAGAGUUUAAUGUUGUUUGUGAAAGAAUCAAGAGAAGGAAUAAGGGGUGUUGGGAAUAUUUGGAAGCAAUUGGGGUUUCGAAUUGGAGUAGGGUUCAUUUUUCAGGGGAGAGGUAUAAUUUGAUGUCUAGUAACAUUGCUGAGUCAUUGAACAAUGCUUUACUACCAGCUAGGGGUAGUCCUGUUGUAGCAUUGCUUGAAUUUAUAAGGAAAAUGCUCGGGAGGUGGUUUGAAUCGCGUCGGAAGAAAAUCGCUAGAACUGUCGGAGACAUUCCAAUUGCUGUUGAAAGGGAGCUGCUGAAACGUUUCAAAGGUGGUUUGGGGAUGACAGUUUUGGCUGUUGGUAGGUGGGAUUUUGAAGUAGUCGCAAAGGAUGGGGAACAGUUCCUCGUCUCCUUGGAACAACAGACUUGCUCUUGCUUGGAGUUUCAAAAAAUUAGAAUUCCAUGUGUUCAUGCGAUGGCUGCAGCUCAUGAUAGGGCUUUGGAAUUCAGAACGUUGGUUGGAGAGAUGCAUAGGCUGGAAAUGUGGUCACCAACGGUCCAAGAAUCGAUCCUCCCAGUACGCGAUCCAUCUGAGGUGGAAGUUCCUGAGGAAAUAAGAGUUCUAUGUUUAAUGCCUCCGAAAACAAAAAGACCCCCGGGGAGACCGCCAAAGCUGCGGAUACAUUCAGUUGGGGAAUAUGAGGGGAAUAAUAAGUCAAAACAGCCUAACAAGUGUGGAAGAUGUGGAGGUGUAGGUCACAAUCGGGUUACGUGUACCAACCCACUUGGUUGACGCUAUGGAAUGUAGAAAGAUGUGUAAUGCCUUUUUGGGAGUUUGUCUUAUCAAUAGAGGAGGAUUUUGGCAGGGGUCGUUUUUUGGUAUGUUAAAAUGUAUUGUUUUCGGAAUGGGUAGACAUUCAUAUGAAAUAUGUUGGGAACAAAUUUCAGAUAAAUGUCUCCUUUUAGGUAUGUAAAUAUUAUUAAAACUUGUUCUGAACUGGGAAGAAUUAGUGAUGUCUUUGUAUGGCCAAGUUUUAUUA